UUGAAUCCAUUGCUUUUCGGGUACAACGUCCAGAUGAUGCCGAAGCCACCUUCCACGUCGUCCACGUCAUCGACUCCAGUCCACAGCGGCUCUUACACUAACGAGGUUAGGAGAGCUUCUGAUGAUGGAAAGACGCCUUCGGAGAGAACCGGGGCGCCCCCGGGGGCGGGUAAAGACGCCGUUAAGCUUUUUAUCGGGCAGAUCCCGAGGCAUCUCGAGGAAGAAGACCUCCGUCCUAUGUUCGAAGAGUUUGGGAAGAUUUACGAGCUGACCGUUCUCAAGGACAAGCACACCGGAAUGCAUAAAGGAUGUGCGUUUUUGACGUAUUUCAAUCCAGAAAGUGCUUCAAAUGCGCAAUCGGCGCUUCACGAGAAACGGACACUGCCAGGGAUGAAUCGAGCGAUACAAGUGAAGCCGGCGGAUAGUGAAAAUCGAGGAGAUCGAAAACUGUUCGUUGGGAUGCUCAGCAAACAGCAAACCGAAGAGGAUGUCCGCCAGCUAUUCACGCCGUUUGGUACUAUAGAAGAAUGCUCGAUACUACGCGGCCCCGACGGUGCGAGUAAAGGGUGCGCGUUUGUCAAGUUCAGCUCGCACCAGGAGGCGCAGGCAGCCAUCACGAGUCUCCACGGCAGCCAGACCAUGCCGGGUGCAUCUUCAAGUCUGGUAGUGAAGUUCGCGGACACCGAGAAGGAACGACAGCUCCGACGUAUGCAACAGAUGGCAGGCAACAUGGGCCUCUUGAAUCCGUUCGUCUUCAACCAGUUCGGGACAUACAACACUUACGCACAAGUCAUCACUGAACAGCAACAAGCAGCGCUGAUGGUGGCCGCGACGGCUCAAGGCUACAUCAACCCUAUGUCUGCGAUCGCAUCACACGCCCUCAACGGAAUGACUAACUCUGUUGUACCGCCAACAUCCGAUAACUUUUCUGGUCUGGCGAUAGGCACCGGUCAGCCUCUCAAUGGUGCUCUACCAUCUCUGCCGUCUCCUACUAUGCCGGGCUUCAACAUGGCUGCUCAGACUCCCAAUGGACAACCACAGCCCCAAGAAGCGGUCUACACUAAUGGCAUUCACCAAACAUUCACCGGACCCGUGCAGGUAACUCAAGGUCUACCCAACGGCGAGGCCGCAGCCCUGCAGCACGCGUACGGAGGGGGAAUGCAGCCCUUCCCUGGCGUAGCUUACCCAGCGGUAUAUGGGCAGUUCCCACAGCCCAUUCCACCACCGUUGUCCACCAUUGCACCGGCCCAGCGAGAAGAAUUUCUGAUGUUCCCAGGCUGCUCCAUUUCCGGCCCUGAGGGCUGUAACCUCUUCAUUUACCACCUGCCCCAGGAAUUUGGAGAUGCCGAGCUCAUGCAGAUGUUUCUUCCCUUCGGCAACGUGAUCAGCAGCAAAGUCUUUAUCGAUCGUGCCACUAACCAAAGCAAGUGUUUCGGUUUCGUGUCGUUCGAUAACCCGGCGUCGGCGCAAGCUGCGAUCCAAGCCAUGAACGGCUUCCAGAUCGGCAUGAAGCGACUGAAGGUCCAGCUCAAACGGCCGAAGGACGCCAAUCGGCCCUAUUAACACGUAACGCCGUCCCCGCGCGUCCACGACGUGCCACUGGAGGCGUUUGGUUACCCCGCACCGUCCGCGGCGCGUUCGUUCGCGUAUUAUCAAUUUAAUUAAAGGAAUUUAACACAUUUUAUUAUAUAGAGAAUAUCACUUCGUACACGUUACGUGCCAGCCCAAAUGGCUAGAGUAUACUAAAUUAGUUAAAAGUAAUUUAUUCAAUCAGCUCUUAGGGACGCUUCAUUCUUAUC